CAAAAACAUUAUGAAAAAGUUCUGCCUUGAAGUGUUUGUUUAUUUAUGACGACUGUAUGAUAUGAACUAAGGAAAUAAAUCGAGUCUGUGAUGAAGUGACAGCCAGACAGACAGACUGACUGACUGACAGUAGACAGCAAGAGUUAUGAAGCUGACUUUAGAUUUGAUUUGAAUUCUGACUAAGAUCUAAGUAGGUUAAAGCGCAUGAUUCCUGCUUGAUUUUAGCUUGCCUUGGGAAUGUAGCCGCCUUAGUCCUGGAGAAAAAGUUCAGACUGCAAGGGUAUACAUAGUAUUGUAGAAUAUGCCAGUAUAUAGAGACGUACAUAUAUGUAGUUUGAUAAUUUGUGCAUAUAUUUUGUUGGUAUACAUAUAACCUAAAAUUUUACCCAUUGGAAGAUCGGCCAAUUCAUCGCUGACCAGUGCGCAGAGCAAUUGCCGUUGCACAAAUAGUUUAAGAAUGUACACAGAGAGGGAUAGACUUAUAUUAACGUCAGAGCAGCAGCAGCAGCAGCAGCAACAGCACACGGACUCGUUGCAUCAUAGACAAGGACAGCAUGCUCGCCAGCGUCGGCAGGUACGAUUGCACCUGAAUAGUCCAUCCUCUGAUGGCAGCUGCUAUUCGCUGGCCAUGGCCGGGCUGGGCGGCCAGGGCGCGGCUGGGGGCAGCCGGACGCAGGUGAAGACGCUCUCAUCGUUCAUCAGCGAGCAUCCCGAGGAGCUGGUUAGCAAUCACAGCCAUCACAGCAAUCACAGCAAUCACAGCAGCCACAGCAACAGCAGCAACAACCACAACAAGAACGACAGCAAUCCCAGCAACCAGACAACCAAAUGGAAGAGCCUGCGGGCCGUUAUGGCCUAUUACUGCUCAUUGCGGCGCAUUAAGAGGAACGGUGCUUUUACAGCUUUUACAUACAGUACAAGAACCCAACUAACUAAGCUAAACUCAAACUAAUCUAACUAAUCAAGCAACUAUCUAACGUUAUGUACUACUACUACUACU